CCCGGCCAUCUCCCUAUAUUCCCUCCUCCUUCCCCUUUGACAAUGCAUUCGUCGGCGUUCCUCGUGUUUUUGUUGUUCAUCCUACCCAGCCUCCCCUCACCCGCAUCCGCAUCCAUCCUCACCUCAUCCAAUGACACCUCCACCGCCCUCCGUGGCCCACGGGGCCGUGGCGGUGGCCAUGACCGCCACCGCCACAAGGGCCCUCAGUUCAAGUGCAAUGACAUCGACUUCGGUGCCAAGCGCAAGAAGACCUUACAUGGACCGCACACUUACAUGAACAACGUAAGCGGGGUGGGAGAUCUUCCAUGGAUGUGGUGGCGGGGAUGGUGCUCUCUGGUGGGGUGUGGGUGCUGGCGGUGCAGGAAUACUGCAGGGAGAUCCCUGAGGGCUUCACGUGCGAUUCCAUCGGCGAGGAAAUGUACGUAUGGCAGGGGAUCUGAUGUGGCUGGUGUGUACUUGUGUGGGUGGAUCUUUGGUUGGUUGGUUUGUGCAGGCAGAUCCCUUACCCCUCCAUCACCAGGAAGCCCUACUUAAAAGGCCAGCACUACUCACAGGGGAACAGCCACUUCCCUCUCACUUAGUAAGGGGGCGGGGCAGGCAAGGGCGCAGCGCAUGAAUCAACAGCGCCAUGACCCAUCCAUCCAUCCACACACGCGUUCUCUGUGUUGCCCUGCAGCCACCAUCUGGUGCCCAAACACUUGCUGGUGGACUGGUACGUCACAUACACACCACACAAGCUGCUCUGUCGCCACACACAUGCAUUUGUUUUGGUUGCGCCUGUUUGUGUGUCAUGCCUGUCUCUCAGGUGGAACUUCGCCGUAUGCAGCGAGGCCGGCCGCCGCGAGCUGCUGCCCCUGAUAUCAAGCAUCGCCGACCACGCUCACACCUACAGCCACCAGCGGUCCGUCUACGUUGACAGUAAGCCAAGCCGCCCACACCACACCACACCACAACCAUUCCCCUGCACACACACACACACAUAAAUGCGAUUCUCCUUCCCCUGCAGCAACUGACGAGUGGAAGAAGUGGGUGGAGAACUUCCCGUCUUCCGGGCCACUGCCAGAUUUCGAGGCCUUCUGGUAUCCUUUCGCCUGGAUGCCGGGAGAUCUUGUUCGCGGCCCGCCCCCUGACCGGCGCACAGCCGACCCCGGAUCAUUCUUCGAUCCCGAGGUGGCAUGGUAGGCAAACAAACAGGGGCGUCAUGGGCGUGGCGUGUGAUGUGUGUGUGUAUGUGUGUGUGAAGGUAUCGUGGCUGCAUUGACGGGGAGGCCGUGUUCACCUACUUGACGGCAGCGUAUGACGGCAUCCAGGCAUUCUGCGACACCAAGGACGCCCCACUCCUCGCCAAGACAGCGCAGAACAUGGCCAAGGUGGCCACCAUCAGCGGAGAUGCCGCGCCAUUCAGACCUGGUACACACACACACAGACACACACACUUGCUGUACGCGGUGUGUGUGGUUACGUUUGUGUGUGUCCGAGCAGCUGUGUGGGAUCAGACCAAUGCCAAGUGCUGGACCGCCCUCGGGGUAAGUAAGAUCCUUUGUGUCGAUCGACAUGUCUCGUCGGCAGUGUCUCGGACUGUUGUGUGCCUCCAUGCAUUUCAGGGCAGCAAGGCCCGGGACCUGUACAAGCGUGACAGAGCGGCCUACUGCGAGUUCUAUGGCUCAGUUCAUGACACUACGCCUUACUUUCGCAAGGGCGGCCAGCCGCAAUGAACAGCCAUCCAAUUUGUUCACCUUCCGUCAUUGAUUUCGUUUGAUUUCUCGCCUGUGUGUGAAAGACACCAUGUUUUCUUUUGCGUGAGUGAGAGGCACUGAGGGACAAACGACUCUUCAAAGCUUCAAGCCGCUGUGUCUGG